GCCUCCAUGGGAAUAUAAAGGGCAAGGCUUGCCUUGCUCAGAGCACCCCAAACUUGAUACCAUGAAGAUCCCAGUUCUUCCUGCUGUGGUUCUUCUCUCUCUCCUGGCACUCCACUCUGCUCAGGGGGCUGCCCUGGGCAGUUCUGAGGCAGAAACCACCACUGGGAAUUAUGAGGCAGGACCCGAGGAGGCCUUUUACGCCCAGUUCCUGAACAUUGACAAGUUGCGAUCUGUUUUUAAGAAUGAUGAAUUCCUGAACUGGCAUGCCCUCUUUGAGUCUAUCAAAAGGAAACUUCCUUUCCUCAACUGGGAUGCCUUUCCUCGGCUGAAAGGACUGAGGAGUGCAACUCCUGAUGCCCAGUGACCAGCCCCUUCAAGACCCAGCACUGCUGAUACCACUGAAAGAGGGGGCUGGUGUGGGACCUGAUCACUAUCCUAUGAUCACUCUCUGCUGCCUCAGUAACUCUAAUAAAAUGUUUUCCAAACAAA